AUGGAGCCGUCGGAUCUGAACACGCACCUGCCGCCGCGGAAGCGGCUGCUGGCGGGGCUCCGGACGGCGGCCGCGGCCUCCCCCUGCGACGCCGCCAGGCUCGAGGCCGCGCCCGAGCCGCCCUUGCUCCUGCCCGACGGCCUCGCCGCCCGCCUCCGCGCCAUGCCGCCGGCCAGCACGCAGCAGGAGAUCAUCCAGGCCGCCCAGCGCGCGGCCGACGCUGCCGCCGACGCCGCGGCCGCCGCCCGGGCGGCUGCCGUCGACAAGGCGGCUGUGGCCGCCAGGGCUAGGGCUGCGGCCAGGGCUGCCAUGGAGUUCCUUGACUCCCUCUGCAUCGCUGGCGCGUCCAGAAAUGGGAUCCAGCUGCUCAAACCGAAAUCCAAGAAGAAACAUGUGCAGGUCAAGCUCCUGUACAGGCCGCCGUCGUCCAAUGGCCGGGCGAUCGAGGGGGCAGAGGAUGCUGUUGGUGGUGAUGUCACUCCCAGGCCGCAUCGUCGGCGCAGGGAGAGCGACGAGGAGGUCGCUCGCAAGCUGCACCGCGUGAUGAAUAGCUCGCCCCGGAUUUCCUUCACUGGACCCAAGAGACCCCGCGGUAUCGCCGAUGGGAAAGACGGGUUCCAUAGUGAUGGGGGUGGGGGUGAUGCUUGCAAUGGUUCCUCGACGCACACGCCAACUGAGGUUGGUUUUGUUAACGGAGGAAGCUCUGUUGGGAAAUCCGGUGAGAGAACUAUCCACUCUUCCAAGAUUAGGGCUCCGGGGGAUGAUGGUGAAGAGUAUCCUUGGAACACUGCAAAGAGCAGUAGGCACAUUGUUAAUAAUGGAGAUGGAAUUGGAAACCUAAGCGCUGGUCGGAAAGUGAAGAUCAAGAGGAAGCAGCUGUUUUUGAACCACCAUUCUAAUGGUGAACAGAGAGAAGAGCAUAAACAAGAAACAGAGCAAUCCAGAGACCCUCCCACAGGAUACUGCAAUGAGCUCAAGUCCAACGGUGCAGAAAAGCGACCUGGUUUCGCAGACGACGCAAGGGCAGCAGCACCUGGUGGCGGCGAUGAUCCCGCGCCGACCAAGAUCACGUCCGUGUGGAAGUUCAAGAAGUUCAAACCGGCGUCGUCGUCGCACUGCUCCUCCGACAGCAAGAUGUUGUGUUCCUCCAGUUCCGCGGCUGAAACCUCUGCUUCCGUGAAGGCUGAUUAG